GGAAACUACUCUUAAUAAAAAAUGUUUUGCUGUAAAUAAAAGAAAUAAGUUACAAAUUACAACAGUCAGUCAGCAAAACUUUGAGGUUGUAAGAUGAAUAGAAUUUUAAAGGGUGUCAUUCGCUACAAUCAAAAUGUUAUGGACAAGGCAAAAUUUGUUGCAGAUAUAGACAAAGUUACAAGACAACUAGUACAGCCUCUAACAGUAUUUGUCAGCUGCAUGGAUUGCAGAGUCCUGCCCUCCAAGUUUAUCAGCUCCACAAUCGGGGAGAUUUAUUUCCUGAGGAAUGCUGGGAACAUGGUCCCACAUUUUGACGCCUACAAGGCUGGUAGUAUCAGCACAGAGGGCGGAGGUCUGGAACUGGGCUGUAUCACCAACAAGAUUCGCAAUGUUGUUGUGUGUGGUCAUUCAGAUUGUAAGGCAGCCCAUGCACUGUAUGAGAUCCGACACAAGUGUGACCACAUGCACUACCUGAUGGACUCACCCCUGAGGACUUGGGUCGCCCUACAUGGGUCAAGGACAGUGGAGAAGUUCUUCCAGGUGUUUCCAGAGGACCGGCUGAGUCCGGCCGAGCUGAAGGAGCCGAUGGUGUUUCCUGUCAACCUGGGGGGUCAGGACAUCAGCGCCAGGAUAGAUCCGGACAACCACUUUAGUAUACAGGAUAAGUUUUCUCAGCUCCACUGUCUGGAACAAGCCAGCCACGUAAAGACGUAUCCGAUGCUGAAGCCGUUUGUUGAAUCCGGGGAGCUCCACAUCCAUGCCAUGUGGUUUGACGUCUACACCGGCAAUGUCUACAUGUUCAGCCCCUCCAUGCGCAAGUUUGUUGUUGUGGACGACACCAGUCUUAACGUUCUAAUGAAAGACGCAGCUGAGUCAGCAUAGGAAGUGUUUUACUGUUGUAUAGGGGAGUCAGCAUAGGAACUGUUUUACAAACUGUUGUGUAGGGGAGUCAGCAUAGGAACUGUUUUACUGUUGUGUAGGGGAGUCAGAAUAGGAACUGUUUUACUGUUGUGUAGGGGAGUCAGCAUAGGAAGUGUUUUACUUUUCUAUAGGGGAGUCAGUGUAGGAAGUGUUUUACUAAUUGUUGUGCAGAGCGUAUACAGUAUAUUUUUAUCAAGUAUUAUUAAAUGAUUGUUGAUUAUUUUUAAAUCUUGUGUGAAGUGGGUGUAGAGUGGCAUUUAAACUAAAAUAUGUGAGAAGUUUAAGAGGAAGUUUUCGAGGAUUUUUUACACUCUUUUGUUAAUUAGAGUUAGAAUUUUAGAAUUUUUUAAAAAACAAUUUAAUUUUAUCAAUAUACAUUUUUGUUUUAGAGAGUAUUCUACAUCACUUGUAUUUGAAUCUUUACUGUCUAAAUAUAUCUGACAAUUGUAUAAUGUUUUCAUGCCUGGUGAUUCUGUGUUUAAAUUAUUUGUUUCCUAUGUUCAUUGAUCUGACCGGUUGAUGCUGAAAUGUGUUAAUUUUGGGUGUGACAUGUGGUGUAGACCACAGCAACCACAGUAAAUUUAAAACUUUGUUCCGUGGGGCAGUGGGUGUGACGUGUGGUGUAGACCACAGCAACCACAGCAACCACAGGAAAGUUCAAACUUUGUUACAUGUGGCAGUGGGUGUGACGUGUGGUGUAGACCACAGCAACCACAGGACAGAAGAGUUCAAACUUUGUUACGCUGGGAAGUUGUCAUUGAAUUUAUUUACACUUUGCUGAACAUAUUCUUUGGUUGCAGUGUAUUGAUUUGAUUCGUCCCAUUAUUGUGUGGGACGUUGCUGAAAUAGUUGAAAGCAGCACUAGUUUACUAAAUGUUAGAAAAUAUUUGCUCAAAUACUCAUUUACUAGUUAAAUAUCUACUGUAUGUUUGCAGUUUGCUGGUUGAAAUAUCUAUUGUAUGUUUGCAGUAUGUUUGUUAUUGUCUACUAUAUGCUUGUAUGUUUUUCUUCUGUGUUUGAGUUUGGUAAUGUCUGCUGUAUGUUUAUGUUUGUUAAUGUAUUGCUGUUUACUUCAGACCAUUGAACUUAUUCAGGGCAUAUUUUUGUUGUUACACUAAGCCUUGUUAAAAACUUUUAAUUAUUGUACCUGUAAUUUUAAAAACUUUUAAUUUUUGUUCUUGUAAUAAUAUAUUAAUUUUAUAUUAACCAGGGCAUAUUUUACAAGCUUGUUAUGAUUUAAGAAAAAAUAAAAUGCUGCCUAAUUUUUUUGUCCUAUUAUGUAUGCCAAUUUUUUUCUGCAUUUGUUGCCAGGCCUAUUCAAUAUUUGACCAAAUUUUGUUUAGGUCUUUUUUUUUAAAAUUUUUAUUUAGGCAUUUUCUGGAGUUUGUUCAGGCUUUUGUCAAAAUUUUGUUCACUUAUUUUGUUUUGUUUAUUUAGACAAAAUUUUGCAUCGACUUUCAUCCAAAUUAUUUUCAGAUUUUUGCCUAAAUCAUGUUAAGUCUGUUAUUUCUUGACAACCGGUGCAGAACUAAAGCCAUAGUAUUUUAAAAAAAAGCCUGUCUAGCAUCAGUAUUUAUCUGUUUUCCAAAUGUUUUAGUAUUUCCCUUUCAUUUGACUGGACUAAUUACUACCUCUUGCAUCCUCCCUCUUCCCCCCCUCAUGUGUUGUCUAUGUUAAUUAAGCAGUAUUUAAUUAUAUCAUGUGAAUUUUAACAUUUGCAUUCAGUGAGAAUAAAACUGAUUUACAAAUGCUAGUGA